ACUCUCGUUGCUCUGCUCAAUGAAUGCUUCCAGAGUUCCAUUGGUGUCGCACUCCCAAAAUCCCCCGGACGCUCUAAUGGCUCCACCAUCUGAGAUCGAUUCUCAGCUCACCUCUAUCGUCUCCGAUCUCUCGCAACAUGUGCACGGUGUACUGGAGAACAUGGUAAAGUUGAUAAAGGAAAUUGACCAGAACUCCACUGAAAUAGUGGAAGAUAUAGAAAAGUGCAAAAGCACUGCUCUUGAGAGGAAGAUAAGCUUAGAAGAACAGAAGGCACAAUUUCAAAAAGCCGCUUAUGCCGCUCUAAACAUGCUGAAUAAUGAAGAGAUCAACUGAUGCUGUACGCUUUGCAACUCUUUUUUUAAUGCUUGUUACUCUGAUUGAUAGAUACCGGUUUCAUGUUGCUAGCAUUAUAUGUUAGCUCUCACUUUCGUGGUCUCUCAGUUUAUUGGUUCACAUCCCUUUAGAGCUUUUACACAUAAAAUAUAUUAGGGAGGAACACAAUGAAUUCUCCCAAAUUGUUGAAGGAAGAAAGAUUGGGCAAAGUUGUCAAAUGGUGAAUACUGAUGAACAGUGAAUUGGUUUGUAUCGUAUGAUUCAUAUGGUUAUUACUACCUCCAUCCCACUUCCUUUUCCUUCUUUACUGUUUUUGUACGUUCCAUGAUCUUUGUCUCAUUAUGUUAUGAAAUACUCCGUCUUUAUUACUCCUUUGGUCCCAGAAAAAAGAUUCUGAUUCAGUUUAUGACUGAAUCUGUUUUAUUCAUGAGAAAAUUACUCAAAUAUGACCAAAACAUAUGACGUUUCCCAAAAUAGGACCGGUCCUAUUGACUCAAACGUUUGGCCAUGCGAAUGGAAAAAAAUGCCCUUUACGUACCGGUGCCAUCUUGAAUAGAGAAAAGAAAAAAAAUGAAGUCCCUAGUUUUCCGGGAUUGACAAUCCCAGCUGAUUUUCCAGGGAUCUUUCAUUGCCAUGUCUAUCAAGAGUUCUUCAAGAGACCAAAAGUCAUUAGGUAUAUUAAAUUAGGGUCCAAAUUAGCAUUUAUGACUCACAAAAAGACCAAAUUUCCGUAAAUAGUUCUUAAAAUUUGAAGACAGCGGGAAGGAACUGAUUUUUAUGGCACACAGAGAUGAAGAAGGCGACAAUGUCUUUGUGAAACGGCCGCCAAAUGUCAACACCAAUGUACUGGUGAAGGUUAACUCCAGGACUUAGUAUUUACAUGUAUUUAUUCGUUUGAUUUGAUUUCUCGAAACCAGAGUAAAGGGGGUGUGUGCUUCCCAAAACUGGAGUGGCUCAGUUUUGGUCUUUGCUUCACCCGAAGGUGCUUAGUGCUUCCCAAAACUGGAGGGUGAUGUUCUGGUUUAUCGUAGAAUCUGCGUUCUUCCAAAAAGAAUUGGCUUUUGGACAAUUCUUGGACAUCGGAGAUAUGCAGAUUCACAUUUCAGGGUUCUUGUUUCCAUUACAAGUUUGGGCUUUUGACACAAGUUGUCAUUUUGAACAAUGCAUAUAUUGGUAUAAUAUGUUAAUGAGUAAUCUUGGAAUUAUUUUUUUACCUUUGAAAACGUUAUAAGUGUGCACGAGUGCAUACUUAAGCAUUGGUGUAUAGACAAUAUGAAAUGCGAGUUUAUAGUUUGUUAUAUUGACCUGAUGCAUGUAUUUCUCGCUUGACGGCUUUAGAUUAAUA